AUGUCAAGCCUCUUAGAGCCAGUGACAGUUCGCGGAAAGCUUCCGCUGAGAAACCGUGUGGUGAUGGGUUCCAUGACCCGGAACCGUUGCCUCGACCGCAAACCCGGUCCAGCACAAAUCAAACAUUACGCGGACCGAGCCAGGGACGGCGUCGGCCUCAUCGUGAAUGAGGGCACCUUUGUAGACUGGACCGGCUGCGACUGGCAGUGGUCGCCUGUCAUGAUCAAGAUGGAGCAUGCCGAGGCAUGGCGGAAGGUGACCGAUGCCGUCCAUGAAGCCGGUGGGAAGAUCUUUUUCCAAGCCUGGCACGCAGGUCGGAUUCAGCAUGAUCAAAUGCCAAUUAUGAGAGAGAAGGGUGGACGUGUUCUGGCGCCCUCCAGCAUCAAAGCUGAAGGGGGAAAGUAUCGUGACCUUCCGGGUCAGCCGGGACAUACGGAUAAUGUUGAGGAAAUCAAGAAUCCCCCGGGUGUGAUCGAUACCUAUCGUCACUCCGUGCUGCUGGCUAAACAUGCAGGCUUUGACGGCGUUGAGCUACUGGCCCAAGGCGGUUACCUGCCCCAUCAGUUCCUCAACACAAAUCAGAUUAACCAAGGCGGUUCCAAACACAGUCGUUCAAACAAGCGAACAGAUAGCUACGGUGGUUCAGUCGAGAAUCGCUGCCGAUUCACUCUUGAAUUAGUCGACGUCAUCAGCGAGGUAUUCGGUGGACCCGAGCUAGUCUGCGUCAAGAUCAACCCUACGGACUUCUAUAAUGACUGCGCGACCACUUUCGAGGAGAUGAAAGAGACCUACACGUUCUUGAUCAAGGCGCUCGUUGACCGCAGGGUGGGCAUUGUUAAUGUCGGCCGCCGCGGGAUUGAUCCCAAUGCAGGAACCGGGGACUUCUUUGGACGCAGUGGUCGACCUGAGGAAUUUCCUCUGCCCCCGGGGUACGACCCUGUCUUGGAAUUUGGCCCGCUGGUCAAGUAUCCCGGCAGCCCGUCCUUGCUCAUGGCUAACCAUGAUUAUACACCUGAGGAGGCGGAUCGGCUGGUCAAGGAAGGGAAGCUGGACUUGAUAACCUUUGCGAGGCCGUUCAUCUACAAUCCGGAUAUAAUCUCGCGCAUCAAGAAUGGCAUUCCUUUCGCCCAGAAUGAUCGGGGUAAGACUGUCCACUACGGACCCUAUCGGACACCCGAUGAGAACUACAAUGACUGGCCUGCUGCUUCUCUUUAG